GUAGCAGUGUUCUUUAAACUGAGCCUGCGUCCGUUAUCGGGCCGCAUUUAGCGUCAGAACGUGUGACGAAGUGGUUGCCUGCUUUCGACUUUUGGCCGCUUGAAUAGCUUGAAUGCUGCUUUGCUAAACUCUGUACUAAAUCGUAAUAACGCGCAAUCAAUUAGCUCUUACGUAAAUCAGGCAGGAACACAAGCCCGGCCAGCCUGAUGUGCUGACGAAAAGAUUUAUUUAGAGUUACAGUGCAUUUAGCUUUAUGUGAUGAGAGUGAUUUAGUGCUUAAAAAGAUAAACAAAUAAUUGGUGAAAGCAAAGUACUACACUGGCUUUCAAACUGUGUUAAUUUUAUUUAUUUUUUAAUUAGUAAAAAAACCAAAAUGUCACAAAAUUUAACAGUGUUUACAUUUGUGUUCACGAUCCUUUGUGCACUGGCGAAUUCGAAAUUCUCCUAUGAACGCGGCAAUUGUGAUAUUUUAAUAUCGAGCGCUGUACGCGAGAUUUUAACGAAUGAAAUGCGCGCACAGCUGGAUCCUUCGUGGCGUGCGUCGCGCAUCAAACGCGUACGUUACGAGCUCUACACGCCACAGAAUCCUUAUAAGGCGCAAGUUUUGCUGCGUGCGUCGUUUUUCAAUGCCAAAUUGCCGGUUAGAAUCUCCAUACACGGUUGGACCGGCAAGAGCACCUCAUGUUCGAACGCAGCCAUCAAGGAUGCCUACUUAGCGGCGGGCAAAUUCAAUGUAAUAAUGCUUGAUUGGAGUGCCAUAUCGAUGGAUAUUAGCUAUAGACGCAUUAGCCGUCAAUUGCAUGAAAUCGCCACAAAUUUGCUGGAAUUCACACAAUUUUUGCAUCUAGUAAGUGGCGUCCCCUACGAAAGCAUAUAUUUGGUGGGUCAUAGCGCCGGGGCGCAUAUAGCUGGCCUAGCGGGUAAACAAUUACGACCGCAACGUUACGGCGCCAUCUAUGCGCUCGACCCGGCCGGCCUUGUGCAGUUGCCGCUCGGCGAAGAUAAACGUUUGGCACCGAACGAUGCCAUUUACACGGAAUCCAUACACACGGACAUUGCGCUGCUGGGCAAUCCGAGCACGAAACUUACACAGGCGGCAUUCUUUGUCAAUUGGGGUCUAGGCCAGCCACACUGUCCGAAUGCAACGGCGGCUGAAUUUGAUUUCGCAUGCGAUCAUUUUGCGGCCUUGUAUUACUUUGCGGAAUCGUUGAGACAGCCACGCGCCUUCGGUGCCACACAGUGCAGACGAUGCAACGGCUGCGGUCUUUUCAGCAAUAGUCGUAUUCUGCUGGAAGAAUGGGAUUGUGGCUGCACAAAUGCCGCCAAGACAGGUGAAUGUCCGAUGACCGUAUUUAUGGGAGGUGAACCGGCUGUGCCAAAAAACGGCACCUUCUAUCUGAGCACGCGUUCUAAGCCGCAGCCAUUUGGCUACGGCGAAACGGUGCGCAUUAAACGCGCUGGGCCAGCCAAAUACUUGCACAGCAGCUUUUUGAGUAAUAAAUUCGUCGGCAAUCUGUUGACGAAAUGGCACAACUGAGCGUAACAGCGAGCAAUUAGUAAGCAAAGUCAGUGGCAGGCAAUUGAUUGCUAGUGAUAUGUAUGCAAAAGUUGUGUGUGUGGUAGCGUGAAGUUGUCAGUUAGUGGUGUUAACGUGCCACAGCAAGAACUAUGAUUGGAUUGCGUGCAAAAGAAUCAUAAGUACAUAUGUAUUAAGUUGUUUAUAAGAAUAAGAACAAAUAACGGUAAAAAUUGCUUUUGUGAGUGGCACUUAAUAUGCCGAAUUAAAUUGUUUAUUUAUAAAUGAUAACAAAUUUUAAUUGCUACCACUUGUAAUUUGGUUUAAUUAUGUAAGUUGCGUUUCCACAUAAUKGAGGUUAUGUACAUACAUACAUAGGUAUAAGAACACGUAUAUGCAUAUUUUACAAAAUUUUUGUUGCAUGAGUUCAGAAAUUAACUUUCAAUACAAAAAACGCUUUAAAAGCGAAAUAUCUGGCAUACAGAUGUUGUUGUAAAUAUGUAUAAAAAAUACUGCAAUCAUAUGUAAUUUGCUCUAUAAAUUUGAAUAUAAUAAUAGA